UCGGAAGCUCAAAAAUGGUAGAUUUUCAUUUCAUUAAUUUCAAUCCUAAGAAGUCCCUAUAUUUAUGGAAAGUGUAAGCGAUAGAAAUGAUGAGCCACCAAUGUUUCUUCAGCGUCCAUCGCUCAGUCGAUGUCAAGAUGUCUCGCAUAUUUUGGCAGGCGCAUUUCGAGAUUUUCUCAAAGACAACGUUAGCGAACAAACAGUUAAAAACCUUACGACUUCCAGAAGCAAAGAGCAGCGUUAUCACGAAGAAUACGUGGAGAGACUUGAUAAGAUUCAAUCAGAGAGGCAAAGACAGCUUGAUGAACUGGCAAUGUUGGAAGCACAUAUCAUGCAGGCAAAGGCGGCAGCAACUGCUGCUGAAGAGCAAGAAUUGUCUCAUGCUUUACAUGAAUGCAACAACUACAAGUCUUUAGGUUUACCCCCGGUGAAAUCGCACCUUCGAUAUACGAUGGAUGUUGAAUUGUUGAAAAAAUUCAGCUUGAUCACGCCUGCUGACUAUGUCUCCAUUCAGCAUGAGUCCACGCAGCCACCAUCAGCACCUGAAGUUCCAAGUUACGCUCGACCCACAAGACUAUCUCUCAUUCACACCAGCAAAGAACUUAUUCCGGAUAAUUAUUUUGAACAACCUUCAGAAAUAAUGACCUUCCCUUUUUCGAACGACUUUUCAAAUCUACGGCAGAAACAAGUUCACGUGGUGUAUCCAAGAGUCUAUUUAAAACUGUUUUGGUUGAGAGUUUACAAUUUAAAAGAAGUUGAUCGCAAAAGGUCGAUCGCAAUACAAUUUGCACUGAAUGGAAAUCGGCCUCUAGAAAUAUUACUGCUUGCGCGCACGGUAUCUGUGCAGACUAAAUCGCGAUUGGCUUCUUCGUGGCGGGAAUCUAUAAAACCGGAUGAACGGUAUCGCGAAAGAAACGAUCUUAAAAGAUUAAAUGCGAAAGUGGAUUAUCUUCAAAAUCCACGAAAUAUUCCUCCCGACGUGUAUCCUAUUUUGACUAAAAAGAGCAAAUCAAAAUCAAAAAAGUUAUCGUUGAAAUACCAAUCGGACGUCAGUGAGACAUGUUACAAAUCAACGGAUGUCCUCAUUCCUUCACCUUCGCCAGUGAUUUUCAAAGAAUACGACGCUGGAAAAGUUUACGAGAUGAAACUAGAAAUAAAAAAUGUUUCGUCUUCAUCGCGUCAAAUUCGCUUACUUCCGCCAGCUACUAAAUUCUUCUCCAUCGGUCAAGGUCAAUAUCCUGGAGAACAUGGAGUGAUAGCUCCGGGUAUGAAUUGUUCAUUUUUGGUGAGGUUUGCUCCUGACUCGCUCACUGAUUUUGUCGAUAAAAUACAGAUAAAAACGCAACUGAACGAUUUAUUGGACGUUGAAUUACUUGGAAAUCGUAAGCCUCCACAGUUGACAAUACCCACUGUACUGGACUGUGGUUAUUGUCUUGUUGGUGGUAGUAAAACGAUCACAUUCAAUUAUUCAAACGUUGGUGGACCUGGACGCUUUUGUGUUUUCCAUAAGUCCGAGUGGCCAUCCCCAUCAUGGAAUUGGUCCUUUGAAGAACAUCGCGAUGUUGUGAUGGAUCCGUUUUGCUUAAAGCCGUCGAUAUUCGAGGUGCUAGAAGGCCACGAUGUUUCAAUUCAGUUAACGUUCGAGCCUACAAGUGCAAAAUUCUACAAACAUGACAUUGUCAUUGUCUGCGAUAAUCGUCAAGUGAAAGAACAUACCGUACAGGGUGUUGCUCAAACUGCCCGAGUUGAAUUUACAUCAGUAGAUGGUGGAGUUAGCCAACCUGUAAUUGGUGAAAGUAGUGAUCCUUCGGCUGAUUUUCUAGUUCGAUUCGUCCAUCAAAAUCCUGACACAAUGAAAACAAAGAAACUUGUGUUGAAGAACACGAGCAAUGUUAUAUUGCCUUUCAAAUGGAUGAUGAGCAAGCCCUGUAUGAAGCAGUCGAGAAACCAUAUUGAUACAGUCGAUGAAUUUUCUGCAUUUAAAAUAACACCUUCUUCUGGAGAAUUCCCCCCAGAUUCAUGUUUUGACUUCCAAGUUUAUUCAUCGCCAAAGCAGAUCGGCGAAUUUCACAGCGUUGCCCAUCUGGUACUGAAAAAGGUGCCCAUUCUGAACCAGAUGAAAAACAUAACAAAGCAAGAGCAAGAUUUAACAGCAAUGAAAAUUGGACUCAAGAUUUCAUCCGUGCCUUUCAAAGUGAUGACUGUUCCCCCUCUUUUCGUGGUACCGGGGAGAAUUUCAGUUGGGAAAAAUUAUAAGUAUCAAGUGAAGCUAAAGAACAACAGCGUUUCCGAAGUUAAAUAUGAAUGGGAAAGCUCAAGCGUGGUUGACAUUCAGCCCAAAUCAGGAUUUCUUGAAGUCGACAAAGAAGAAACUCUUGAAUUGAAUAUCUUCGGGAGGGAGCCUGGCGUGUAUGAGAAAACGCUACAAUGCAACAUCGAUCAUGUAAUGAAACCUGUAUACCUACACGUUAUGGCCAAUUUUGAGGGACCUCUAGUAAGAAUAGAGAAUGCAAUUAUUGAUUUUGGCUUAGUACGUUUCUCAUCAUCGUGCUUACGUACGGUAACUUUGGUAAACUUGUCUGAAAUCCCAGCUGUUUGGACAAUGAGAGAAGCUCUACCCUACAAUCUUAUUGACGUUGACGAGGGUUACAAUGAGAUGCCUUCAGAAAUUCAAUUUGAUCCUCCCAAUGGAAAACUUGAGGCAUUUCAAAAACUUGAUGUUCAGGCUGUGUUUACUCCCCUGACAUGUAGAGUAGUCAGAAGUAUCAUCGAGUGUAAUGUUACUGGGAGUCCACCAAGAUACAUUCAAGCGACUGCAAUUGUUCAAAAGCCUGAGAUUUGUUUGACGUUCUCGAACGUUUUGCUCAAAGAAGUAUACGUGAAUGUUCCUGUCAUGAAAGAGAUAGAACUAGAAAAUAAGACUUUAUUAUCUUCUAACAUAACCUGGAAAGAGUGUAUCGGUGUCGACUCUCACUUUUGUACGGUUAAGUUUAAUCCUAGCAGUUGUACAAUUGGACCAAGAGAACGCAAGACGUUUAACGUGUCCUUUACUUCAUGUAAAGAAGGCCCUUUGGAAGAUGCUGCUGUCAAGUGCGAAGUGGAAGAAAUGGAGAAGCCACUGUUUUUAUCAUUUUCUGGAACUGUUUCUGGCUUGGAGGUUCAGUACUGGACAGAAACUAUCAAAACAGAACAGCAAUUUAACGAUACGACGGGUGAAGAAGAAGACGGGUUGUGUUUGAACUAUGGCAAGGUGGUUCUUGGAAAUAUGGUGAAAGUUUUACUAUUUCUAAAGAACCAAACAGCAAUUUCUACGAAGUUCAACAUUUCAGUGGAGCAUUUCACUGCAGCAAGAACACCAACUCCACCAUCUGAAAGUUCGAGCAAGAAAAAUUCUUACAGAGCUUCCCAAGGUGCAUUGGUAAAAAGUGCAAACAUCGCUGAUCCAUUCAGUAGGACCCCAUCGAAAGCACUUGCAGAUUACUGUCGUGCAGUUCUGAGUGAUGGUCGAGGCGUGGCAUUCGUGUGUCGUCCAUCUUGCGGUGAAUUACUUCCCUUCCAGGAGUGCAUUGUGGAUGUCGUAGCUUAUUCUGAUAUGUGGGGAGAAUACAAAGAUCAUCUCUUAUGCAAGAUUGACGGUUUGCAAGAAAAGCGAAUUCCCAUAUUGUUGAACGUAGAAGGAUGUCCUCUUAAUUUUCAAAUGUCCAAGGAGAUAUCGCCUAUAGUUCGGUUCGGCUCUCACGUUUCUGGAACUUCAACGGUGGAACGGUCACUCCGAGUUAAUAACACAAGUCCUUGUGACAUUCGUCUAGACUGGGAAGUUUACAACAUUGAAGAAGAUGAUAAUCAGUUAAUUGAUCUGAUCAUCGACGUUGGAGAUCCUUUUCCCAAGAUGCAUGAUGGGAAAGAGAUUGUUUCUGAUAAACUAAUCAAUACAGGUCUUCCUCUCAUCACGGUUAACAUGCGAGAACAUAAAGGAAGACACGAUAAUACAUCAUUCAGUGUGGAAAAAACUCAAAUGAUUGUUCCCGCCAGAAAGUAUUGCGACAUGAAAGUGAUUUUCAGUCCAAAAUCGAACGUUGUUUCGGACGUAUUUCUUUCCUCAUUUUUUCUUGGUUUUAUAAACUUAGAUGAAAAAAAUGAAAUUGAAAACGACAAUGUAAAGCGCCGUACUGCUCGAGAUAAGGAACCGUUCAGAUUGAAUAUGACGGCAUCGAUAAAGCCUGCGACUUUGUCCAUUGUAAAUGAGGAUGAAAUGAAAGGGUUUCAUGGGUGUUCGAGCGACUUACUAAAGACAACAGAUGGUGUUAACUUUGACGCUAUGAAAGAUGUGUACAAAACUAGUCAUUACACUUUAUCAAAUACAAGUCAAGCAACGAUUUCAUUUCAAGUCUUGGUGGAAAGACCUUUUACUAUAAUGGAUAUCAGCGCACCACCGUCUGCAUGUCCUGGACGCAAAAUUAUUGCAGGGAUUGCGAUAACGUUAAAACCCAGAAAAAAUAUCCAGAUUGCGGUCGGUUUCUGUUUAUCGCAUGAAAUGCUUUGCAAAGAGACGCGAGCAAAAGAUGUUGUCGAAUCGGAACAAAAUGGUUUAUCGCCCGUGCUCGAAAUCAAGAAAGAAUUGCAGAUAAUAUUUACAAACCAGACGUCACAGACGAUACCGCUUGUUUCCACAAUCUCGUUGCCUCAUAUUCUCGUAUCGGAAGAAAGAGUGGAUUUCGGUGUAUGUUUAGUCGGCCAGCCGAAAGAAAUGAAAGUAAAAUUGACGAAUUAUGGCAGGUCGGCUACCUUUUGGUAUACAGAGAAAGAUGAUCGCUACCCGUCCGAAAGUCGCGAAGUGUUUGAUGUGCAACCAUCUCAAGGUUUUCUAGAAGGACAUCUGUCCAAUAUCAGCAAAAAUAAUGUUCUGUUAGAGCUUACAUUUGUUGCAAGGAGCCGUGUCGAGUACGAAUGUAUGCUAAUCUUCAAAGGAUUACUACAUGAACCACAUCGAUUUUUACUUCUCAAUGCGCGUGGUUCGUAUGAUGGUGGACAUGAAGAUUUAGUUAGUGCUCCCACAAUAUGACGAAAAUUGGAUUAAUGACGAUAAAUAUUGUCGAACUUGUUUACCUUUACUGUCAAAAGUGUUCGUUUAUUUGUAAUUAACACGAUAUGCAUGACAUUUAUUCAUUCAGAGCUAGGAGCUCAAAAUCUAAAAAUGUCUUUUGUUAAAAUUAAUUUGUGAAUAAUUGUUCAAUAGCGCGAAGAAGCGUUAAUUUAUAACAUA